CCUUGACACGUGCGCCGAACGUCAGUGUGCAACCAACAUCGAAAGGGAGAGUAUAGCGCUCCUCCUGGAUGGGCGGGAAAAGCAUGGCGACGGCGGAUGUUGUAGAGGUGGUGGGCGUGGGUGAGGUGGAGGUGCGCCCCCAGCUGGCUUCUUUAACGCUUGUGCUCUCAGCCCAGAAGAACAGCCUGGAACUAUGCCGAGCUUCUGUGGAGAAACGGCGGCCGUACGUUUAUCAGACGCUCUACAACAACAAGGCCGAGAAGGAAGGCGUGACGGAAGAGGAGGAGGUGCAGACAGGCGAGAACGGGGAGGUCCUGCUGGUGGUGCUCGUGACAGCCGUCUUGCCCGCCGAGGUGGCAAGACCCGCUGCCAACACGCUUACGGAAAAGCUUGCCUCGGCUGUGACCGUUCAGAAGCUCGUCUACCGGCACUCCUCCACUUCCCUGUCGGAGGCCAGGGUAAAGGCAGGCAGGCGGGCGGCAGAGGAGGCGAGGCAGAGGGCGGCAGACAUGGCGGCUGCAGUGGGAGGGAUGUUGGGCCCCUGUCUCACUGUGCUCGAGGACAAAUGCACUCACCUUGCCACCACUCACGACAGGAGCGAGUCAUGGAUGGUCGACACAGGGCUUAAGCACCAGGAAACGCAUGCUCUUACUCCAAUCAUUAUCCAGAGUACCGUAAGAGUCAAGUUCUCGCUACUGUCCUAUGGGGUUCCGAAGUCAAAAAAAAGCUGAUGGUAACAAUCAUUCCAUGGCACUUGUUUGCGCUAUGGGAUGCUUUCAUAUCUCAAAAGAAAAGAAAGACAAAGUAUGUUAAGUAUGAAUGGAUACAGUUUUUAUUAUAUAGAUGAGUGUGUGAAAUAUAUAUUGAUUUUGAAAAAUAAAUUGAGAAAAGGUAAUAAAAGAAAGGAGUUAUGUAUACAUUGUUAUUUCAAAUAAUGGUUUUAUUUCCCUUGAAGAAGCAAUAACAAUGCACAUGAAAAAGCUUUGGUAAGAUUCUUAGCAAGAAACAUGUCACCUUGUAAUUCAAAAUAUAUUAAUUUUGAUAGAUUUUAGCCCUACUGGCAUUUUGUGGUAAUUUUCAAGUCUCGCUCAAUUUUUUUCUAAAGCAAUCUGUUCUCUGUCUUUUGACAAUUAUUUUUGUGUGCAUUAUUCUCAAUUCAUCUAUGAAAACUGAACUUCUAAGCACCAUUGUGGAUUAAUUUAACAAUAGCAAAUGACAUUUAAACACUAAAAUGUAUUCCUCAGUUUUGCUCUCUGUUCACUUUUAAAUACGAUUUUCAUAUAUAACCAGAUGACUUCUCACUCAAAUAAUUUUCUUAAUUUACACUAGUUUUAGUAUGUAUGAUUUCUGAUUUUCUUACUUUCAGUACACUAGUUGCCAUUUACUUUGUCAGUAUAUUUAUAAUACAUUUUUUAUUAGAUAUAGGAACUUUUACCUUAUCAACAAGAACAAUACUGAUACCUACAGUUUCUUGAAAAAAACUGUCUUGUAGUACAUGCAAUUCAUUUCUGACUUUAAAAACACUCUUAUAAAGAAAUACAGAAUGUAAUAAAGUCACAAAUAUUUGUCCUUCACAAGUGAACUGCUGAGAUUUUGAGCACAAAACAUAUAUAGCAUUCUUUUCAUUACUAGUUGAAAAUGACACAAUGACAAAACUUUACAGUUACAGAAGUAUUCGUAAUCUAAUAUAACUCUGCAUGUACAUUAAUAAAUCAUGAGACAUUUUUUUUCUGAAGCUAAUACUCAUGAUAUACCAUGUAUAAGUGAAAGGCAGAGUAAAAUAAUCAUUUCUAGGAAGAAAUAUUUUGGAAGUCAUUUUCGGUUUAUGGAAUGAUGCAUUAACCAUUUGCUUUGUGCUUUUAAGAUCAUCAUCUGGUUUCUAAUUAUAAUUCAAGUGC